UUUGCCCUCCGCUUCCAGGGAUUUGGGGUGCUAUUCGUUGGAGCAGCCUCGCAUUGGAGGGCAGGAUGGUACCUUGAGAAGAAAUUUGUGCUGUACGCCGUUGGUUCAUCGGUCCGUUCAUUUCACUCUGGAUCCAGGUUCAUUGUUUUUUUUUUUUUUUUCUGAACAGGAUCAGCAAACACCAGUGUUAUCAGCUGCAUCUGCGUGACCUUGCACUGACUGUAAUAUCAGAAGGAUUUUAGAAAGCAUCCGCACGGUAAGGUCGUUACCAUGGAGAUUGUCACACAUUUAAUCAACGACACCAUAGAGUUUUACAAAUGGACCCUGACUAUUGCAGACAAGCGAGUGGAGAAAUGGCCUCUGAUGGACAACCCGCUCCCCACACUGGCUAUCAGCACCUCCUAUCUGCUCUUCCUCUGGCUGGGCCCCAAAUACAUGAAGAACAGAGAGCCCUUCCAGCUCCGCAAGACCCUUAUUGUCUACAAUUUCAGCAUGGUCUUCCUGAACUUCUUCAUCUUCAAAGAGCUUUUUAUGGCAGCUCGGGCAGCACAGUACAGUUACAUAUGUCAACCCGUGAACUAUUCAGACGACCCCAAUGAAGUCAGGGUGGCAGGAGCUCUGUGGUGGUAUUUCAUUUCCAAAGGCAUUGAGUACCUGGAUACAGUGUUUUUUAUUCUGAGGAAAAAGUUCAACCAGGUUACCUUCCUGCACGUCUACCACCACUGCACCAUGUUCACACUCUGGUGGAUCGGCAUCAAGUGGGUGGCAGGAGGACAAUCAUUCUUUGGUGCACACAUGAAUGCUCUGAUCCACGUCUUGAUGUAUCUGUAUUAUGGCUUGGCUUCUUGUGGACCCAAGAUCCAAAAGUACCUGUGGUGGAAGAAAUAUUUGACUAUCAUCCAGAUGGUUCAGUUCCACGUCACCAUCGGCCACACCGCCCUGUCGCUCUACGUCAACUGCGACUUCCCCCACUGGAUGCACUACUCUCUCAUCUGCUACGCCAUCACUUUCAUUGUCCUGUUCGGCAACUUCUACUACCAGACCUACCGUCGCCAGCAGCCCUCACGCCGCGACAUGUCAUCUUCUUCAAAGGUGGGCAAGGCUGUCUCCAACGGCAACCUGAACGGGCUGAGCAGAGCCGCCAAUGGAGCGCCUCUAAUGGGAAACAAAGAGGAGAAGCCCCAGGAGAACUCUGGCAGGAGAAAGAGAAAAGGACGUGCUAAAAGAGAUUAGAAGGGGAGGUAAGGGAAAGGUGAGCUAGGACCUCUACUCUAAACAAGAAACACUUAAUUUAAGCAAGGUUUAGAGGGAUGGAUGUGUCCAGGUAAGGUUUAUUUCUUUAAGUCACAAUGACCUGAGUUGUAGAUAAAAAUAUGAGGUCUUUGGAAGUGAAUUGAUCUGUUAAAAGGAGGUGUCAAAGGUCAGAAGCAAGAUGACCACCAAUAAAUAACCCAAAAUUAAAUAAUACGGUUUGGAUAUAUCAUGGUAUUCUCUCUCUUUAUCGUGGUUUAGAUGUGGUACAAAAAGAGGUAUUUAGUUUCCAAACAUGGAGCCUGAUAAGGAAACCUUUGUCAGAUCCCUCUAGGGGGUGCUGUAAAUGCUCCAUCAGGGGAGGCCUGAGGUGUUUAAGGAAAGGCUGUAAAUAACAAACACUGCUGUAAAGAGACAGGAAUACAGAUAAUAACAUACGCACAAACACUUCAGUUUCUACUUGAACUUAGUAUUUGUUUGUUUAUCAUCUUUAUAGCUAUAAAAAUAUUAAUAUAAUUUUGUCCUCCUUUUAUUCGAGCUUGUUGAUGAGAUGUCUGAAUUAAUUUGUUCAGAUGUUUUUUUUUUAUUUAUUAUUUCUAUUCUGUUUUAAUAAGGGAUCUAACUUUAAGGAUGCCAUGCAUUAAAAUGCAGCAAAGAGUAAAAUGUAUAUAGAAAUAAAAAAGGAAUACAAUCCUUUGAGAGUGGGAUGAUAUUGUUCCAUCAUUGCCUAUCACAUGGGAUAAUGAUCAUCUCAUGCUUUUUGUCUGUAUAUGACUAAAACUCAUUUUAUAUAUCCAUACUUGUUUGUCAUGUGAUGAAAUGUUACCAAUGUUCUCCGAUGAGAUUCUAUGUUUCGUCCCUCUGAUAGAAAAACAGGGCACUUUUUGUUGUUUGACAUGUUUAAAUGUAUUUUUAUAGUAGAUCUUCUCUGAACUUGCUGUUUGUCUUGGAACCAGAAAGCAAGAUGUAGUUGGGUUCUGGAUUCGUUUCUCGUGUUUAUAGAGAUUGCAGAGAAUCCAUUUUUUGAUCAAAGCGACCACCUUUAGCACUGCUUUCUUCAGUUGAAAUAUCUUAACAUUUUUCAAGUGUCUCUGUUUGCAGUCAAAUGCUCAGGUUAUAUUUCAUGCCUUGAGCUAAGCUGAAUGUAAAUUUAUCUCCAAAGGACUCCGAUUAAAAGAGGUAAACCAGUCCAAGUCCUUCCACUGUUUAAAACUAGAUCUGGUGACAGGUAUGUUAUGUCACUGUUAAAAAUACUUUUGCAUUGUCUCUCAAAUUCAUGUUUAUCAUCUCUCUAUCAGCAACCAACCAAUGCAUUUAUUAUUUACCUAUUAUCAUAUAUUUAAUCGUAUGUAAAUACCCGUUUCCAUCUAGCUGAGAGUGAAUUUCUGUGUAUUUGUCUUAUUUGUGUGAUGUACAUAUUACAUUGUGAUAUUUUGUACUCUGCUCAUUUAAGAGUGGACAGUUAUCUAUCCACAAGGCUUCUGUUUUUUUUUUGUUUUGUUGCUUUUUUGGGAUUAUAACUUUCUUCAAAUUAAAAUCAAUGCCUGAACUUA